UAUUAGAGAAAUUUAAAGUUCAUCUUUUAACCUUCCCAAUUUUAUUUACCAAAUUUUAUCCCUGCCAAUCAAAUCUCUCCCUCUCGAUAUAGUGUCCGCUUUGUCAAUCGCACAGAAGACAGAUCGGAGAUCGGAUAUGUCGUCGCACAACAACUCAUCGUCGGCGAACGAUCCACGUCAGCCUUCGGCGGCGAAGCCUUACGUGGCACCGAUGAUUUCACCUCAAGAUCUUCCAGUUGAUUACGCUGGUUUCAUCGCUGUCGUCUUUGGUGUUGCUGGUGUCAUGUUUAGGUACAAGUUAUGCUCGUGGCUUGCUAUUAUAUUCUGUGCGCAAUCACUUGCCAAUAUGAGAAACGUUGAGAAUGAUCUUAAACAGAUCUCCAUGGCUACCAUGUUUGCAAUCAUGGGGUUGGUGACAAACUAUUUUGGCCCUUCUCGACCCAGUUCACAGGCACAAAAGUGAGGUUCUUCCAUGAGAGAUUAUAAGAGAAGCAGUGACAAUUCAAGGUCCUUUUUGAAGGGAACUAUUUGAAGGCUAGCAGUGAUAGUUAUGUAACGAAUUUAAAAUUAACCAUAUUUACUGACAUUGUUAAAAUUCUUUCUUUUAUGCUUUGAAAUCUCUGCCUUUUAUUUCA